AAUAUCCCUACUUAUUUUUUAUUCUUUAUUUUUAUAGAAGAUCAAUUGUUUAUAUCUUACCUUUCUCAUAUCUCAUUCAUACGAACCCAAUUAUUGUUAUUGGGACACUCUGAUUCACGAGUUUAUGAACUUGGAAGGAUCCAACAAUAAAAUAAACCUGAAAGAUUAUUUUUAGAAAGUUGGUAAGAAAGAGAAAAGGGACCAAAGUAAAAUAAGAACAAGAACUUAUUAAACAAUUGAGCAAAAUGGACAUGUGAAAAAGUAAAGAAUGAAAAUUUUUAAACAAAAAUAAACAUUUGGAUAUAUUUUGGGUAUAAACGUUUGCAUUGGGAAAGAGAAAAUUUAAUCCGAGGGAGGGUACAUCCACCAUUGCCGACAAAUUCUAUAUCUCGUGGUCGUCUUCCUCCUUUUGCUCGUUUCUUCUUCUGUAAAUCUUCCUCUGGUCGUUAAAUUUCUGAGCUUGCAAGCCAAUUCAUACGUACAUAGAAGAAUGGUUAUUCGGGUUUCAUUGGGUUCAGCAUAGAAGUUUUGUUCUAUUGUUUUCUUUACUGGAAGAGGGAAGAUGAAGAUGAGUAUGAAGACAUGGAUGAGAAAACCAGUUCUAGUGUUGCUUUUUGUAACGGUUAUUGCCCCCAUUAUUCUUUACACUGAUAGACUCGCUACAUUUUCUUCCUUUUCUAUAGAUGAAUACGUUUCGGAGCCCUCAACACUUUCGCUGAAUCGUGAUGUCAGGUCCCGAAAUUUACUUCCUCAGGAGUUAUCUGCAGCAAAAGAAGAGACAGCGAGUGAUGUUUAUUUGGGAAAAUCGACUAGAUCUAUUCAACUUCUUGACGGUGAAAGGUCCAGGAAAACUAGACAGCUUAAUGAAGAAUCGAAGGAACAUGACGCAAUUGUCAUCAGGCAAGUGACACGAGGAUUCCACGAAGCUGAUCACAGUGACAACAGACAUGAAUCGACUGAAAACCAGAAGUUGAAGGCGUCUGAGCAUAAAUUGUUAUCCACUGAAGCUGAAACUAUACAAGAGGGAAAUUCCAUCAAACCUGGAAAAACAAAAAGCAAGAAAGCAGAUGAACAUGUUUUAACAGAUACCCGUGUUAAGUAUCUGAAGGAUCAGUUGAUUAGGGCAAGACUUUACCUUUCCCUUUCAGCAACAAGAAGCAAUACUCAAUUUAUUAGGGAACUUCGGUUGCGUAUGAAGGAACUCCAAAGAGCACUUGGCGAUGCAACAAAGGAUGCAGAUCUACCAAAGAAUGCGAAUGAGAAGCUGAAAGCAAUGGAGCAGACACUGGCGAAAGGGAAGCAAAUACAGGACGACUGCACUGCGGUUGUGAAGAAACUGCGUGCCAUAAUUCACUCUACAGAAGAACAGCUGCGGGUCCACAAGAAACAGGCCUUGUUUCUGACUCAUUUAACCGCCAAAACUGUUCCAAAGGGUCUCCAUUGUCUUCCCUUACGCCUUUCAACCGAAUACUAUUCUCUUCAUUCUUCUGCCCAACAAUUCCCAAAUCAACAAAACCUGCAUCACCCCGACCUCUUCCACUACGCAUUGUUUUCGGAUAAUGUUUUGGCUGCUGCUGUAGUUGUCAACUCAACCGUUUCCAAUGCAAAGGAUCCUUCAAAACAUGUGUUCCACAUUGUGACAGAUAGGCUGAAUUACGCAGCAAUGAGAAUGUGGUUUCUUGCAAAUCCAGCUGGCAACGCCACAAUCCAAGUUCAAAACAUCGAGGAAUUCACAUGGCUGAAUGCAAGUUACAGCCCUGUCUUAAAGCAGUUGGGUUCACAGAACAUGAUCGAUUAUUACUUCAAAACACGAAAAUCCGAGUCCGAUUCAAAUCUCAAAUUCAGAAAUCCAAAGUAUCUGUCAAUCAUGAAUCAUCUCCGGUUUUACCUUGCGGAGAUAUUCCCGAAGCUUAGUAAAGUGGUGUUCUUGGAUGAUGAUAUUGUGGUUCAAAAAGAUCUAACUGGUCUUUGGUCUAUGGAUUUGAAAGGGAAGGUGAUCGGUGCUGUUGAGACGUGUGGGGAGAACUUCCAUCGGUUUGAUCGAUACCUCAACUUCUCAAAUCCUCUGAUUGCUACAAAUUUCGAUCCGCGUGCGUGUGGAUGGGCGUAUGGAAUGAAUGUAUUUGAUUUGGAGGAAUGGAGGAAGCAAAACAUCACUCAGGUUUAUCACUCGUGGCAAAAGUUGGUAAGUGUUUGA